AUGAAUAGUUAUACUUUCAAUGCAACCCGAGGGCUUGUUAAAGCUAUAUUAACAUUAACUCAUCAAGAACGCCAUUCAUCUGAUGCACAAACUUUAUGUCACUAUGUUUAUUGUAAACUAUCAUUGGAUAAUCAAGACGAUAAUAAUGGUACAUGCCAUGUUUCAUCGGUAAAAUUAACUUUACCUGAUGAGUCUCGGCAAGAAAAAAAUUUAUUUUGUAUCUUUACUGUAAAAUAUAUAAAUCUUUAUAUCUAUCCAUUGCUUAUUUUCAUGGGCAUAUUCGGAAACAGCUUAUCAUGCCUUAUUAUGUUUCUUAAUGUUCGUCGUAAUGGAUAUUCCGCAAAUUUAUAUUUAGCUUUACUAGCAUUGGUCGAUUGUCUAUUUCUAUUAGGUAGUGCAUUACCUGACUGGAUAUCACAGAUAGACAAGCAACUUGAUGUAAAACAUCUAUCCGAUUUCUGUUGUCGAUUAGUUUACUGGUUUGGAAAUUUUAUAACGCAUUUAUCAGUUGGUCUUGUUGUUAGUAUUACAGUUGAACGUUUUAUUGCCAUACAAUAUCCAUUGAUUGCAAAUAAAAUAAAUACUGUUAAACAUACACAUAUUGUAUUAAUUGCAUUAAUAAGUUUCUUCUUUCUAUUAGAUAGCCGAGUUUUUAUUAUUGUUAAACAUUUAAAAGAAAGUAUACAUAUUAUAUCAACAUGUCAUAAUGAUACAUUUAUUACAUAUGAACGACGUGAUAUACUACGAUGUAGUAUAGCCGAUGAAAAUAUUAAUCAUCGAUGGGUAUUUAUUGAUUUUGCUGUAUAUACUAUUAUACCUUUUUUGAUUAUUAUUACACUUAAUUCUCUCAUUAUACGUCGUUUAAUUGAUGCACAACGUUUUAGAAAACCUAUGUAUCGUGUAAAUAAUAAAUCUUUAAAAAAUGAACAAAAUAGUUCAUACCGAAAUAAACAUGACAAUGAACAAAUAGUAACUGAAAAACAUCGAUGGGUAAGAUCUUGUCGGUCAGUUCCAGCAACAGAAACACCACAAAUUAUGUUUCAUCCGAAAACAAAUAAACGUCGUUUACGUUCCACCAUAAAAGAAUCGAGUAUAUCAAUUGAGUCAACAUUAGAAAAUAGAGUUCGUUCUCAUGAACAAUAUGAACAUUCCCUAAUGCGUCAAACAACAAGUACAAAUAAUAUGCGUUUAACGAUAUUAUUAUUAUUUAUUUCGUGUUCAUUUUUAAUUUUAACUCUACCAGCUGUUGUAAUCAAUUUAACAAUGUCCACUAAGUUGACAACAAGUUCAUCAAAUUUUAAAAAUUAUUUACGUUUAACUAACGAAAAUUUGAAUUCGGAUAUAAUGUGCUAUUAUACGAUUGCACGUUUAUUAAUGGUUUUCAAUCAUGCAAUUAAUUUUAUACUUUAUUUUGUUGUUGGCAAACGUUUUCGGCGCGAUUUAAAAAAACUUUUUAUUUGUUACGGGAAAAAAUAA